AUGGGCCAAAAGCCUUCUACAGUGCAUCAAAAUAAUUUAGCAAAUGAACUUUAUCUCGCUUGUUGUAAUGGUGAUAUUAAUCGAGUUCGAGAACUCUUACCACAUUCCAGUUAUACUGAAGUCAAUUAUCUCCAUCCUAUCACUGGAUUUAGUCCAUUACAUGUUGCUUGUUCGUAUGGUCAUGAUGAAAUAGUUCGAAUCUUACUUGCAAAUAUUUAUUGUGAUCGUAACAUUCGAAAUCGAAACGGUAACACACCGUAUGAUGAAGCAACUUUAACAAAUAUUCGAUCCUUAUUUGCUCGUCCACUAUCUCUACACAGACAAAAUCGUUUUAUGGAUGAUUCUACCAGAACGUCACCAUUUCAGUUGAUUACUGCUAGUGAGUCAUCGUCUGAUCGUCCAGAUCAUUGGGUUACGGGCUAUUUUUCGUCUGCCGAAGCAGUUGAUUCUCAAUUGAUGUUGACAUUAUCUCAAACGUCAAGUCCAAUUAUGAAAUUCUUUUUAAAUGCUCGUACAGAACGCGAAAGUCGACAAAUAGUUCGAGGAUUGAUCGAAGUCAAUAUUCCAAUCAAUCAUCGUGAUUAUCAAAAUGCUUAA